AUGGAAGUCAAUGGUGAACGAGAUAUAGCUGGUAUUUUAAGCGCGGCUUUAAUGCCAUUGAAAGAUAUGAAACAUGCAGAUAUUUUGGACCAGUAUGAAAUGAACAUGGCUGAUGGAAAUAUAACACCUGACGUUCUAGAACAUUUAUCUCAAAGAACUACACAGAACCAUAGAGAUGGUAUAUUUGGUGAAGAGUUUAGAAAGAAAGUUAGGGAGGGAGAAGGAAGAGAACCUAUUGUACAUGACCUUGCAAACGAAAGUUUACAAAAUGUCAUAAAAACUUACUUUGCAGACAAUGAACCGAGAAGGGAUGAAUAUUUAAGAAAACUCAAAUGGACAGUACCAAAUGAAAUGUUAGUAUUGAAAAACAUGUUCCUUGACAAAAUAAAACCAACUACAGAAAUAAACGACGCAAGACUGAAAGAUUGGGUAGAAGCUUUCCCAUUCACAAAAGAUAUAGUUGGUAACAUGGAAAGAAAACCAGAAUGGCUACAAAAACAUAUAUUUGGAAACGAGCAUAUUCCAUAUGGACAGGCACUGUUUGAAGAGCUUGAACCGGAAACUCAGGAAAGAGUCAUGCAAACAAUACGCGAAGACUCAAAUACAAACUAUGACAAACUCUUUCUAGGAUAUAGGUUACCUGAGAUGGGCGACCAAGAGCCAAAAGGCAAAAAGGACAUGGAAAUUUGCAACAUACUAGAUGAACAUAAUGCAAAGAUGCAACAACUUCAAGCAGAGGGCAAUGAAGGAAAAAGAAGAGUUAAAAACUCAGUCAGGAAGAAAGUAAAGCUUGGUCCACGUGGGUUCUAUUAUGACAUAUAA